CUCUUACAUUUCGCGAUUUGUCUCGAGUCUCUCGCGACACCUCCCAUACAGCAGAGUUUACAGUGUGGGUAAAGCGCGUCAAUGCCAGUGAUGAUACUCAGCAAGCUCAAGCCACAUUUACGAUCAGCUUCACAACAGAAGAUCUGAAUGGCUCUCCAGCCAGCAAUAAUCUGGUUUCGGCGUUAAAUUCGCAACUAGAGCGGUACAUGUCGACGUUGCUGGUUCUGAUCGCGGGGUGGCUGGUAGUAUCGGGCGCUUCGUGUUUCUCUAUUGGAUUCUGCUGCUGCUGUUGCAGUCAAGCGCGUAAGAAGCGACGACAGAAGUUUGAGCAACAACAGCGGCUCUUCCAGGCACAAGUCGCUCAAAAUGAUUUCGAGUAUUCAAUAUUGCUCAAGAGUCUUGCGGAUCUACUGUUGGAGCCAAACUUGCUGGUCAGUCGAUGCGUACUGGAGAGUUGUCUUUCUGGCAAAAGUAACCGGAAACAGACAGAAGCUUUGGCACAGGCGUUUAUCUUACGGAGUCUAAUGCCUUUGCUGGAGAGUGAACGACAAGGAACUCGGUUUGUCUUCCAACUCAUGGCGAUUGAAUACUCCGAGGGCAUAAGAGCAUCAGCAUCAUCGAAUUUUCAGCGUCAUGGCUUUUUGACGCAGCAUAGCACAGCGAGUAAGGCUCUUGCUGGCUUCUAUACCGUCUCGGACCUUGGAAGAUUUCUCGAAAUACUUGCAGCGCACGUUGGGACGCUCCCCGUUGAAAUCGUUAUCCUCUGCCGCGCAUGUGUCAGGAUGGUUCAGAGAAAUGAAAGCGAUCAGAGUCGUCAGAUGGAGCUAGACGCGGUGCAUCUGGUCUUCUUCAGCCAUUUUCUUGGCCCAGCUAUGGUGUUUCCACGGGAUGGCGCAAUCAAGAAGCAGAACCCGGAGUCACACUGCCGACUUAAAUACGAAACUUUGUUGGGAACGAUCUCCCAAUCACCAGCAAUCGAAAGCGAGUUUGACCCAAAAGAGGCUAAAGGAGACGUGGACUGCGAGCUCAUGGGCAUGUGCCUCAUGAACAUCCACAGUGUGCUCGACAGUUUUUUCCCCGAAUUCAAGCGAAAAAUAAUCCAAACUCCAGCUGCAACGAACACUGAGCAGAUUGAAAGCUUAAUCGCCCUGUGCACGACCAGAACUUCUAAAUGA